AAUAAUCAUGAAGAAAGUGACGGAAUCGAUGAUGAUUUCGUCAUGCCUAUUCAACCAAAGCGGAAAAAAAACGAAUUGGAGAACAGUACGGUCCUUGAUGUAGUUCAUGAUAUUUCCGAGAACACCUCCAGUAAUUACACUGACACUGAGCUACAUAAAGCUGGACAGCCGUUAAAAUCACCAGGAUUCGAGUUUCAAAAAAAGCAGGCGUCAGAGAGGAAAUCAAAAAGGCGUAAAGUUAGCACGAAGAAAAGUGAGAUACCAUUAAGUUCAAAAACUUCUUCCAGCGACGUAUAUACAAACGAAAACUCUGCAAGUUCCACGGAAGACAUUGAUGUUGAAAUCGAUGAUAUUACAAACAUUGAAGAGCAAUUAAAGAAGCAACCUCAUACUGAGGUAAGUAAAGAGAGUUAA